AUGCACGCGCGUUCUCCGGUGUGUGUUGUAGGUUCCACCCCGCAAGGUACAAGGUCAGGGAAGGCUAUCGUGCCAACAGGCACCAAGGUGCCCGGCGCGAGGCGCUCCAACUCGCGAGAAAAUGCGACGGUGGUCGCCUGCAUUGGCGCCGACGGCCAGAGCUACAACCCUAUCAUCAUCUACCAAGGCCAGCGUAUGCAUCCCGCUUGUAUCCAGGACAAGAACGGCGUCCCCGAUGCGAAGUACACCGUCACGGAGUCGUCCUUCAUCCAGAGCGACGUGUUCCUCGACUACCUUCGAGACCUCCGCGAACAGCUCGAUGCACGCGGCUUGCAGGGAAAAGUUGCCCUUGUGCUCGACGGCCACGCCUCUCACACGACCUUCGACGCCGUCAGCUUGGUCAUCUCUCUGGACAUCGACCUCUUCCAGCUCCCGUCCCACACAUCGCACAUCACCCAGCCCUUGAACGUUGGUACCUUGGUCAUCUCUCUGGACAUCGACCUCUUCCAGCUCCCGUCCCACACAUCGCACAUCACCCAGCCCUUGAACGUUGGUACGUGCGGUACCUUCAAGAAGGAGCUCACCAGGGUGCUCACGGCCUACCCACUGAAAAUCGGGGGGAGGAGUCCGGUGAAGCGCGACAUGACUGGCGUGAUUGCGGAGGCAUGGAGAGGGAGCUUCACGCUUGCGACAUGGCGGCGUUCAAAGGGGCGGGCUUGUGGCCGCCUUAUCCCUGAAGACCUCGCCGUCGUUGCCUCCAUGAAGCAGCUCGAAGAAGAUCUCGGCCACGCUGCCCUCCUGGAGCUGAAACGACAGGGAGUGAUGAUCGAGGAGCUCUGCAUGAACACCGUGUUCCUCGGCGGGCUCGCCCGCCUCACUAAGCGCUCCNAAGCAGCUCGAAGAAGAUCUCGGCCACGCUGCCCUCCUGGAGCUGAAACGUGAUGAUCGAGGAGCUCCGCGUGAACACCGUGUUCCUCGG